GUUUCAGUUGAGAUUUCUACGUUCCAUUCUUUAUUCCACUUUAUUCAUGUACCUACGGUUCUUACGUGGUUAAAUCUUGAAAACUACAAUCGGAUGUAUCUGUCUACACAUUUGGAUAAUAUCACUUGAGAUGAUAAACUCAUAUAUUUCGUGGAAUAUUUAAAAUGGCGAUCUGAAAAAACAAUAAUUUCAGAGGAGACCUAGUGAGCCCAAUAAAACGAGAAAAAUGCAAACAAUUAAGUGCGUUGUAGUUGGUGAUGGUGCAGUAGGUAAAACUUGUCUGUUGAUUUCGUACACUACCAACAAAUUCCCAUCUGAAUAUGUUCCAACAGUGUUCGACAAUUACGCAGUCACAGUUAUGAUUGGGGGUGAACCGUAUACGUUAGGAUUAUUUGAUACAGCUGGUCAGGAGGAUUAUGAUAGACUACGUCCUUUGAGUUAUCCUCAAACCGAUGUGUUUCUUGUGUGUUUCUCUGUUGUGUCCCCGUCUUCUUUUGAAAAUGUUAAAGAAAAGUGGGUUCCAGAGAUAACUCAUCAUUGUCAGAAAACUCCAUUUUUGUUGGUUGGUACUCAGAUCGAUUUGCGAGAUGAUGCUCCAACUAUUGAGAAACUUGCAAAAAACAAACAAAAGCCCAUAUCAGCGGAACAAGGUGAAAAACUCGCAAAAGAACUGAAAGCAGUGAAAUAUGUCGAAUGCAGUGCUCUUACACAGAAAGGCUUGAAAAACGUGUUCGACGAAGCGAUUUUGGCAGCUUUAGAACCUCCCGAGCCGGUUAGAAGAAGACGAUGUAUCGUGUUGUAGAACGCAGCCGAUAUCAUUUCUAAAAUCUAUUAGCGCAGUUCAGCGGAAGACUGUGAAUCGUUUCAUAAUAAAGUGCAUGCGAGAACAUUUUCGACGAUCAAUAGUUUCGAUAUCCGAGUGAGUAUCGGUACGAGCCGUCGUUCGUCGUUUCUGAUGCAUUCGACACGUGCUCGAUUCGAACGAAAAAUUCACACAAACAGAAAUGAAAACAGAUUUUGUACAUGCAUCAAAUGUGCAUUUGUAUGUUUAUGUGUAUGUAUUGCUAUCCGUCGUCGUAUUCGUUGAAAAGAUACAAUCGAUGAUCGAUGAUCGGUUUGACUCGAACCGAUUUACUUCGAUGAGCAUUAAUACUUUGACUAUCGCAGGAAAGGAGUGGUGUAUAAUCACCAAGAGCAACUUUCAUAUUAAGAUACCAGGAAAACAUUGAACUAUUUAAUAUGUAAGAGGUUUUUAUCGAUCAAUUGCUAGUGUGAAUUCUUUAAUAAAUCAGUUUUAAA